UGUUCCUAGUUGGCUGCCAUGAAUGCCACCUCGCCAAAGUCAUCGCUGGUCAAGCUCGGCCUUCACACCAACAAACAAAAGACGCUCAAGGUGAUGGUGCUCGGCCAGAGCGGUGUGGGCAAGACGGCCAUGGUGGUGCGUUUUAUCACACGCCGCUUUAUAGGGGAAUAUGACCCGAAUCUGGAGAAGAUCUACACGUGUCAAACGACACUGGACAAGGAGCAGGUGCAGUUCGAUAUACUCGAUGCCACAGGACAGCUGCAGGAACUGGAUGGUGUCACACUGGAGUCGAAUAUACGCUGGGCGGAUGCCUUCAUUCUGAUGUACUCGAUUACGGACAAGUGCUCCUUCGAUGAGUGCAGUCGCUUGAAGUUUCUCAUUAACUACAACAAGCGAAGACGCAAGCUGGGAUCAGCCAGUAAAGACUACACUCUGGAUAUACCUGUAAUAUUGGUGGGCAACAAGACAGAUCAGCCCGGAGAUCGCAUGGUAAGCCUGGAAGAGGGACAGCGUCGUUUUAGGGAGCUCUCCUGUGCUUGUUUUCAUGAGAUUUCCGUCAGAGAGAGCGUGGAUCAGGUACUCAAUGUGUUCCGUGAUGUGUUUCGCUUUUGGCGCGUGUUCACCAAAUUCCCCAAGCUCAAACGUUCCACCAGCGAUGUGGCCAAUGCGGCCGAUGGCAUUCUGACGCCCGAUUCCGGGUCGUGUUCCUUCUACGAUGCCUCGUCGCUGGGCGCGGGGCGGCGCUCGUUCCUGGUCAUUGGCAGCGCCUGCCUGGAGGAGAGCAGCGGCGACCACACAGAAUCCACAGAUGAGAUUGCGAGCAGCAGCCUGAGCAGCUCUCGCAGCGACAUCGAUGCACCGUUCCGCAGUCGAGCCUCAACGGAUGGCACCUUGUUGUCGCGGCCCAGGCGCUGGCGUUAUCCGCCGCCGGGCUGCCUGCUGCCGCACACAAAUCGCGUGGAGCGACGCAUGAGCAUUUCCACGAGGGGCAGCAAUGCCAGCUACUGAGGGGGGAGGGGGUUGAGUGAAUAG